GGUUGACACCGUUGUCGUCCCGGGCUGAAUCAACCCUGCUAAGCUUCCAUCAUUCACCAGUUUAGUAGAAAGUGCAAUCGAAGACGUGGCAAAACUUUAAAACCCGAUAGUGGACCUCGCUGUCUGCUGAAUGUUCCGAAGUUCACCGCUCUAGUGCAAGGAAAGGCCACUACAAUGGAAUAAAAGGUUAAUUCAAUAUGGCUACCAUAGCCUAGGGCGAACAAGCUGCGACUAUGAAUAAAGUUAUCAGAGCAAGCAUAGAUGGAUCCGAUGACGGAUCGACAACGUCCAGCAGGAGAUCGUCCCGAUUCUUGGCGGUGGAUUUCACGCGUGAUGAGAUCGCCCACAAAACGUUCAACGUCCACCAGAACCCUCCGGCCCAGGACUUUUACCACCUGAAGCAACGGUGCCUCGCAGAAGGAUCACUCUUCGAGGACCCUGACUUUAAACCGGAUCACGGCUCUCUGACCAAACGGCAAUCCAAUCCGGACCGCACGAUCGAGUGGCUUCGCCCACGGGAGAUUUCUCGCAAGCCAAAGUUCUUCGUCGAUGGAGCUUCCCGUUUCGACGUUCGACAGGGCAAUCUCAACGACUGCUGGCUUCUGACAGCCACAGCCAAUCUGACCGCGAACGAACGAUUGUUUCGGAAAACGGUUCCCCUGGAUAAUUCCUUCGAAGAUGAACAGUAUGCCGGAAUAUUUCACUUUCGAUUCUGGCAGUUCGGUCAAUGGGUGGACGUGGUGAUCGAUGACCGGUUGCCCACAAGGGAUCGAGAAUUGAUAUUUAUGAAGUCUAGUCAGAAGAACGAGUUUUGGAGUGCAUUGCUGGAGAAGGCCUAUGCCAAGUUGCAUGGGUCGUAUGAAGCACUGAACAGCGGUACGGCCCGGGAAGCAAUGCAGGACUUUACCGGUGGAAUAACCGAGUCGUAUCGGUUGCGAGGCCAAGCAUCUCCACCGGAUAAUUUGUUCGAGAUUAUUGAUACGGGGUUUUCGAGGGGUUCAAUGUUUGCCUGUAACAUUUUGCCGGACCCUAAAGUUCCAGAAGCUCAUACGCCACAGGGUCUUCUUAAGGGUCAUUCGUAUUCGGUUACAAAGACUCAUAUUCUUGAAGGUAAGAAAUUGAUUCGUCUCCGUAACCCAUGGGGAGAUGGCAUUGAAUGGAACGGAGCUUGGAGUGAUCGCUCCAAGGAGUGGCAAGCGAUACUAAAAACUCAACGAAAACAGAUCGGGCUGACAAUCGAUAAUGAUGGUGAGUUUUGGAUGGACUUCAAGGACUUUUUGCGCUACUUUGACCGAGUGGAGAUCUGCAACUUGUCACCUGACCCACAGGAUGAAUUUGAAGCAAACCAGCGAGGCUGGCAAGUGUCUACGAUCGAUGGCGAAUGGGUCAAAGGAUCUACCUCUGGUGGAUGCAUCGAUUAUUUGGAAUCCUUCUGGACGAACCCUCAGUACGUCGUUCAUCUGGAUCAGCCUGAUAAGGAUGAUCGGUCCGGUAUGUGCACUGUGGUGAUCGCUCUGAUGCAAAAGUUUCGUAGAGCAGCAGAUCUACCCAGUUUGACCAUUGGGUUCGUCGUCUAUCGAGUCACCGAGGAACAUCUACGCAACAAACCUGUUCCGAUGAAGUUCUUCAAAAAGAAUGACUACCGAAUUGUCGCCCGUUCGAUUUUCAUCAAUUCCCGCGAGGUUAGUUGCAGAUUGAGGCUCAACCCAGGGAUCUACUUGGUCGUGCCGUCGACGUUACACCAAAACGAAGAAGGUGAAUUUUUGAUACGGAUCUUCUCCGAGCUGCGCAACUGUUUGCAGGAAAACGAUUGUACCGUCUGCUUUGGAACGAUGGAUGAUAGAGUUUCCGGACCUCUUCAGGAGAAUGACGAUUGGCCACAUAUGGUGCGGCAGUUCUACGAAUUGGCUGAUCGGAAGAAGACAAUUGACUUUAUUGCUUUGAGUGCCAUCUUGAACCGAUUCUUUUUCGCUCCUCCUCCAAAGUCAAAGAAACGUUUGAACAUUUGGAUAAGAAUAUGCUUCCAACUGCAGGAGAUCUUUCUCUGUGGUUGGAUUCCUUGCAAACAUUCACAAAAACGACCUCCUAGAGAAACUACGAAAGCUGUCGAUCGUAGCUUGGUUCAGAAAAUUUCCCAGCAACUGAUCUCCCGUGUUAAUGUGCACAAAUCUAGUCAACUGCAGUACGAACAAUUUCGGACGAUCAUCCGGGACGUUCAACAGUGGCAGGCAGUGUUUCAGUUGUACGAUCUGGAUCGAAGUGGUCAUCUAGAUCGGAAGGAACUGAAGAAGGCACUCAACUCUUCCGGAUUCAACGUCAACAACCGGGUGCUGAACGAGCUGCUGAAACGAUCCAGGGAAAACGGAGUCGAUGGGAUGGAACUGGUGGAUUUUGUGCAUUGCGCUGUGGAAAGCCGGAAUACGAUCGAAAAGUUGCAGCAAAACAUGGCUAACGAUGCAGGACGAAUAUUUUCCGAGACAAAAGCUGCCUAGGCGUAUCUCCACUGCAGUAGUUUUAUUUCUAUGCAAAGUAUAUGUGCCACAAAUAUUCCGCAUUAAAUGUGCUUUAGCUGUAA